UUAAACAAUUACGUCUUGCCUCAGCCCACACGACCUAAGAACUCUGCACGAGAAGCAUGAGCGGAGAGGAAACAAAGGCUGAGGCGGGUGCAGCGGCAGCGGCCCCGGAAGCUGACGCUCCAAAGGCCGCUGACCCCACCGCCAUCCCGGAGGGGUACAAGGUGCUGCAGGAGGGGCAGGCAAAGAUCCUGCACAAGGGAAACGAGGUCUUCUACAAUGAGGCCCAGGUGACCAACCGCGACCUGUCGGUGGCGGUGCUGCGCCUGUACUGCAAGAAGCGGGAGGCGGAGAUCGCGGCGGGCGUGCUGAAGCGGGGCAAGAAAGGCGGCGGCGGUGGCGACAAGGGGCCACGGCUGUUGGAGGGACUGGCUGCCACGGGGCUGAGGUCCAUCCGGUAUGCCAACGAGGUUCCUGACCUGGGCCGCAUUGACGCCAACGACAUGGACGCGGGCGCGGUGGAGGCCAUGAAGCGCAACGUGGCGCUAAACGGCGGCGCGGCGGCGGCAAAGAUACGCGUGCUGUGCAGCGACGCGCGCCUCACCAUGCUGCAGGCGCCGGGGGCUUACGACGUGGUGGACCUGGACCCGUACGGCACGCCCGCGCCGCUGCUGGACAGCGCGCUGCAGUGCGUGGCGGACGGCGGGCUGCUGUGCUGCACAGCCACAGACAUGGCCAACCUGUGCGGCAACAACAGCACCAACUGCUGGUCCAACUACGGCGCCUACCCCGUGCACCGGCCCUACUGCCACGAGGCCGCGCUGCGCAUCCUGCUGGCCUGCAUCGAGACACACGCCGCCAGGUACCGGCGCCGCAUCGUGCCGCUGCUGUCUCUGUCCGUGGACUUCUACGUGCGCGUGUUCGUGCGCGUGUACACCAGCCCCAACGAGGUCAAGGACUCGCCCAGCCGCCUCGCAUACCUGUGGCAGAGCUCCGGGUGCGAUUCCUUCUUCCUGCAGCCGGUGGGCCAGAAGCGCAUCCACAACGGCUCCAACAAGUACCUGCCGGGCGCGGGGCCCGCGGUGCCCGACAUGCGCUGCCCCGAGACCGGCAGCGGCUACAUCAUGGGCGGCCCCAUCUGGGCCGGCCCCAUCCACGACUUCGACUUCGCGGGGGAGCUGCUGGCGGAGUUUGAGCGCGAGGGCACCGCCAAGUACGCCGCGGCCACCAAGAUCAAGGGCUACCUGCUGAGUGUGGUAUCGGAGCUGCCGGAUGCGCCGCUGUACUACAACCUGCACGACAUAUGCAAGAUGGUGCGCAUCACGCCGCCCAAGAGCGACGUGUUCCGGUCCGCGCUGGUCAACGCAGGCUUCCGCGUGUCGGGCAGCCACGCCUGCCCCCUGGCCGUCAAGACCGACGCGCCGCCGCACGUGGUGUGGGACAUCCUGAGGUGCUGGGUCAAGAAGAACGGCGUGUCGGCGGCGGCGGUGAAGGACCCCGAGUCGUACUCGGCCAAACUGCUGGCCAAGGAGCCGGUGCUGGAGGCCUCCUUCACGGUGGUGGCCUCGGCUGUGGCGCGCCACAAGACCGACAAGGCGCCGCGCUUCGUGCAGAACCCCGCGUACUGGGGGCCCAAGGCGCGACACGGCAGGCCCGACCAGACGCGGCCGCAGCCAGACGGCGAAGGCGCAGGGCCCAGCGGCAGUGGCAGCGGCAAGGGGCAGGGCGGGAAAAAAGGCAAGGGCCGCGGCGGCAAGGGCGGCAAGGGCGGCGAGGAGGCGGCGGCGGAGGGGCAGCCGAAGCAGGAGGACGCUGGGCAGAAGCGGGCGGAGGAGGAGGCGGGCACGGCAGGCAAGGAGGAGGCGGGCGCUGCAGGCGAGGAGGAGGCCGAGCGGGAAGCCAAGCGGCAGAAGGCAUGAGGGCUAUGGGAUGGCUAUGGGAGGGAGGGGUGUUGGAAAUAGAGGACGGGUUGUAGAUGGGUAGGUAGGACGAACCAACGAACUACACACAUAGACAGCAUGACAAUCGGAUGGCGCCGCAUAGCUGACUGUACUUCUGACUAUUGACUCGGCAAGAGAUGUGAUAGAGCUCUUGCUCUGCCAUAGCCACAGAGAUGAAUCGGGAUGAAGGCCCGGGUGGUGCCGCGGGCUGACAGAAGGCGGCAGCUUGCGGGUGUAGCUGAGUUGCCCGUGCUAAAAGUACCGACUGGCUUACAGAGCAUGUUGGCAUGUGCGGGUUGGUGCUGAAGGAGGAGUUGGGGCCUGCGUGGGAGGUGCCAAACCCGUGACGCGGGAUGAUGGGCUGUGCCAGAUCAUUGAAUGGCGCGCCGAUCCGUAAACCUUCAACAUUUACGGCAAGCUAACGUUGAUA